AUCCUACCCAAACAUCUCUCAACGUCCGCUCCUAUAUCCACCCUCUCAAUUCCAUCUCUCAACUCCUCUUCAGACCCUUUCUUCCAUUUCUUCUUCUUCGCUUUUUUUGUUAACAUACACACACAUCCUUCAUCAUGGAAGAGGAAGUCGCUGCUCUCGUUAUUGACAAUGGUUCGGGUAUGUGCAAGGCCGGUUUCGCCGGUGAUGACGCACCUCGAGCUGUUUUCCCUUCGAUCGUUGGUCGUCCCCGUCACCAUGGUAUCAUGAUUGGUAUGGGUCAGAAGGACUCGUACGUCGGUGAUGAAGCACAGUCCAAGCGUGGUAUCCUCACCUUGAGAUACCCCAUCGAGCACGGUGUCGUCACCAACUGGGACGAUAUGGAGAAGAUCUGGCAUCACACCUUCUACAACGAACUUCGUGUUGCUCCUGAGGAGCACCCCGUUCUCUUGACCGAGGCUCCUAUCAACCCCAAGUCCAACCGAGAGAAGAUGACUCAGAUUGUCUUCGAGACCUUCAACGCUCCUGCCUUCUAUGUCUCCAUCCAGGCCGUUUUGUCCUUGUACGCUUCCGGUCGUACCACCGGUAUCGUCCUUGACUCCGGUGAUGGUGUCACUCACGUCGUCCCCAUCUACGAGGGUUUCGCUCUUCCUCACGCCAUCUCCCGUGUUGACAUGGCUGGUCGUGACUUGACCGAUUACCUCAUGAAGAUUCUUGCUGAGCGUGGUUACUCCUUCUCCACCACCGCCGAGCGCGAAAUUGUCCGUGACAUCAAGGAGAAGCUCUGCUAUGUUGCUCUUGACUUCGAACAAGAAAUCCAGACCGCUUCACAGAGCUCCAGCUUGGAGAAGUCCUACGAAUUGCCCGACGGUCAGGUCAUCACUAUUGGCAACGAGCGAUUCCGUGCUCCUGAGGCUCUCUUCCAGCCUAGCGUUAUCGGUCUUGAAAGCGGUGGUAUCCACGUUACCACCUACAACUCCAUCAUCAAGUGUGAUGUUGAUGUUCGUAAGGACUUGUACGGAAACAUUGUCAUGUCUGGUGGUACUACUAUGUACCCUGGUAUCUCCGACCGUAUGCAAAAGGAAAUCACCGCCCUUGCCCCAUCCUCGAUGAAGAUCAAGAUCAUUGCUCCUCCUGAGCGUAAAUACUCCGUCUGGAUCGGUGGUUCUAUUCUUGCUUCUCUCUCCACCUUCCAACAGAUGUGGGUUUCCAAGCAGGAGUACGACGAGAGCGGUCCUUCCAUUGUCCACCGCAAGUGUUUCUAAGGUAUUUACAUCUUUCUCGAGUAGCAAAGGUGUAUACUUAUUGUUCGAUUUUGAUACAGUUAGCCGUUAGCAAAUUUGUCAAAUUCUUACUCGGGUGCUUUUGUCAUGUUUGUUCUUCCUAGCUUGGUGUACGAAAAUAUGAUAUGAAAUUGCGGUGGGUGGAUUUGAAAUUAUCUUUUCUUUUCUACAAAGUAUGGUAAACUCUCCCCCUCCUUGAGCGUUGCACUGAAGGGGAAAAGCUGGUGAAGUUAUUCGUCUGUGUGUAUGUGGAUUGAGCAGACAAGGACAAAGGAUUGGUUUGAGAUUAGAGCAGGGAGUCUCAUGUGGAGGAUGAGAGUGAAUUAAGAAGUAUUUCUUUUCCCUCUCCAACUAACUUUGAUGGAAGGAGGGAAGUCUCUUAAAAAAAUUCCCUCUUAGUAUUUUGUUUUGACUCUCUGUCUGCUUGUUGAGAACCUUGAAUUUGUACAAGCCUGUUUUUUCUUCUUUGAGAAUUAUUGUUCUAUACUAAAUAACCCUACCCAACCCUGGACACUCUGAUCAGACUUAAUCGAUUAUUUUCAACUCAUUUACCUU